AGGAGGAAGUGGGGGCCAUUUACCCCGCUGUCUCAUCCAACCACCACACCACCGAGCUUCUCUCCCAUUUCUUCAUCAUUGGGCUCUCUUGUAUCCCGCGUCUCGGGUAGAGUGAGCAUCAUCAACAGCUUGUCUUUACUUGCGCAGCGAUUCUGUUACCUCGUUUGUUUCUGCGACCUCAUUACCCCUCUUCCACGCCCGCUUCCGGUUCCAACUCCCUUCCAACAUCCGCUUUCGCAAACAACAACAACUCAACCCGACCAACAACCUAAUCAACCCAUACCAACCGCAACAAUGGUCGACCGAGCCCGCAAGCCCUCCGCCCUAGCCUCCACCCCCGGCCUCCCCCCGCAACCGCAAGUCGCUUUCUCCUCGGACAACUCUCGCGUGACCGCCACUCUUCCGACCGGCGAGAGCGUCUCGGUUCUGCUGUACGGCGCCACCGUCGUCAGCUGGAAGGACAAGAACGGUGAUGAGAAGCUGUGGUUGAGCGAGGCGGCUAAGCUGGAUGGGAGUAAGCCUGUGAGGGGCGGUAUUCCCUUGGUCUUCCCGGUCUUCGGAACAGCCCCCGACCACGCCCAAACGAAGGAGCUCCCCCAGCAUGGCUUCGCCCGCUCGUCGCGGUGGGAGUUCCUGGGCAAGUCCACUUCGGAAUCGACUCCCACUCCCACCACCCCGGCCUUUGCUGCGACGGCGACUAGCGCUGCCGGAGCCGUGGCUGCUGCGGCGGCCGAUAUGAGCGUCAAGUUGGAUUUUGGUCUGAGCUCUUCGGGCUUGAGCGAAGACGCCAGGGCGAAGUGGCCGUAUGCUUUUAAUGCCAUUUACUCAGUGACGCUGAACACGGAUAGUCUGGCGACUAAUUUGGUGGUUACUAAUGACGAUGAGAGGAGUUGGGAGUGUCAGGUUUUGAUGCAUACUUAUCUCAAGGUCGACGAUAUCACUUCCGUCUCCAUCCACGGCCUCGAAAACGCCACCUACGUCGACAAAACCACCACCCCGAUCUCCACCACCACCCAGUCCACCCCGACCCUCACCAUCUCCUCCGAGAUCGACCGCGUGUACACCCCCGCCGGCGACUCUCCCGCGUCCGUCCCCAUCACCGUUUGGUCCCAAGACAAGCCCAAGUACACCAUUUUGCGCGAUAACCUCUCCAACGUGGUGGUCUGGAACCCCUGGAUCGAAAAGGCGCAGGGCAUGGCGGACUUUGAGCCCAAGGAUGGGUACAAGAACAUGUUGUGCGUGGAACCGGGCGCGGUGAGCACGUGGCAGGUGCUGGAGCCGGGGGAUGCGUUUGAGGGGGCGCAGACUAUUGUUUUGGGUGGGAAGACUGAUUGAAGCCAGGUACUGGGCUGGAGGAGGAGGGGACGGUUGUGAGGGUGGGGGGAGUGGUGCCGCAUAUUGUGUGGUGAAGGUUGGUGGGGAUAUAGAAACGAAGGUGAAUGAGGGGGGAGAUGUCGAAGAAUUGGGGGUCAUGACAGUUGGAGGGAGGUUAAUUGGAUGAGGGAAACGGAGGAUGUGAUGAAUGAUGAGUGAUGACGAUGAAUACUAGGAGAUGAGCCAGCCUUGAAUACUGUGGAGGCGGCCAGGUUCACCAGAUAGACAGACGGCAAUGAUAAUAGUAGCCGGACAAGAGCUCACGUACUGGAAUUGGAGGAUGUGAAGAGUGAAGAGUGAUGACGACGACCUGGAGAGGCUUGGCUUUCAUUCACCGGACAAAUAUAACCACCAAUUCCAC